UAUGCUUUUCCCCAUUCAGAAAACACUGACAAGCAAACAUAAAUGGCUGGUGGAGGAAUAGCAGAUGGAGGGCCAAGGAAAAGGGCUCAUCUUUAUACGCACAAGUUCACUCCCUAUUGCGCUGUCAAUUGCUUCUUUGGAUCUCUUGGUGGCUUUCUUUUCGGUUAUAAUCUCCGUGUUUCAGAUGGGGUGACUUCAAGGGAUGAUUUCCUCCAGGAAUUCUUCCCAACAGUGUUGGAGAGGAAGAACAUGCAUCUGAAGGAGACUGAUUAUUGUAAAUUUCAUGAUCAAGUUCUGACACUGUUUACAUCAUCACUUUAUUUCUCAGCACUUUUCACAACAUUCUUUGCAUCCUACUUAACAAGAAAGAAGGGCAGAAAGGCCAGUAUCAUAGUGGCAGCACAUGGCUUCUUGGUUGGAGCUAUCCUCAGUACAUGUGCAAAGAGCAUUGCAACGCUGAUCAUUGCUAGGAUCCUUCUUGGUGUAGGCAUUGGAUUUGGCAACCAAGCUAUUCCUUUGUACCUAUCUGAAAUGGCUCCAGCUAAAACCCGUGGAGCUGUGAACCAACUGUUUCAGUUGACAACCUGUGCUGGAAUUCUAAUAGCAAGCCUCAUGAAUUAUUCCACUGAAACAAUCUACCCCGGUGGAUGGAGAAUAUCAAUGGGUUUUGCAGCUUUUCCAGCAAUGAUUAUGCUUAAGGGAGGUAUUCUUUGUGCUGAGACGCCUAACAGCCUUGUGGAACAAGGAUGGUUAGAGGAAGCAAGGAGGGUAUUGGAGAACGUUAGAGGAACCAAGAAUGUUGAUGCUGAAUUUGAAGAUCUUAAGGAUGCAAGUGAACAAGCAAGAGCCAUCACUAGUCCAUUUAGGACACUCCUUCAGAGGAAGUACACGCCUCAACUAGUAAUAGGUGCCUUGGGAAUUCCAGCAUUCCAGCAACUAACUGGGAACAAUUCCAUCCUCUUCCUUGCCCCUGUCAUUUUCCAGAGUCUUGGAUUUGGUAACAAUGCAGCUCUCUUUUUAUCUUUCAUUACCAUUGGAGCUCUACUUGUUGCCACUGUGAUCUCCAUGUUUUUAGUUGACAAGUUUGGUAGAAGAAAAUUCUUUAUGGAAGCUGGUUUUGAAAUGAUAUGCUGCAUGAUUUGUAUUGCUGUGGUUUUGGCUCUGGAGUUUGGACAUGGUAAAGAGCUCUCUAAAGGAGUCAGUACCUUCCUUGUUGUGGUGAUUUUCUUGUUUGUGUUGGCAUAUGGAAGAUCUUGGGGUCCCCUAGGGUGGUUGGUUCCAAGUGAGCUGUUUCCAUUGGAGAUAAGGUCAGCUGGACAGAGUAUUGUGGUCUGUGUCAACAUGAUCUUCACUGCUCUUGUUGCACAAUUGUUUCUCGUGUCACUCUGUCACCUCAAAUAUGGGAUCUUUUUGCUGUUUGGUGGCUUAAUUGUGGUCAUGAGUUGCUUUAUCUUCUUCCUUUUGCCGGAAACAAAACAAGUUCCGAUCGAGGAGAUUUAUCUUCUUUUUGAAGACCACUGGUUCUGGAAGAAAAUUGUGAGGACAGACCAAGAUCUUAAGCAUCAAAUGGGAAGCCAACAAACAGACCAAGAUCUUGAGCAUCAAAUGGAAUGCCAACAACUUUUUAACAUUCCCAACAAGAUAGAUUGAACAUUUUUAGUUUCUCCUUUUGUUUUUGGUCAAUUGUGUAUGUUUUCUUUAUAGGCAUUUCUUUUAAAUAUGGUCGGUUUAAUGAUUAUUGACUCUAUUUUCCUCAACAACGAGAACCUGUUAAUACUAAAAAGACCAUUUAAGCUAUGUUUAAAUUGAUAGAAAAAGGAACAAUGGAAUAAAAUACU